AUGAAAAGACUCAUGAUUUCAGUGAUUCUAGUAGCUUUUCUAUUUAACUGUGGUGUUGACGCAAGGGAGAUCGAGGACGCUAUCAUUGCAAACCUUAUUGAGCGCCUCGAUGCAAAGGAUGCCAUCAUUGAAGAACUUGUUGGAAGAGUCGAACGCCUUGAGAAAACAAAUAUGAAACAGGCCGAGAUAAAUGUAGACUUAGAACGAAGACUGCAACAACUGACUAUUUCGACGCAACAGAAAGACUCCCAGAAAAAUACAAUCACUGAAUCUGACAAGCAAAAUGACUCGCUUCAAGCGCAAAAUGAAACAGACAGAGGAGGCGAUGACAAUAUGGAAUACACUAGCGGGAUAGUUCAUAAACACAAACGUGUAUCUAUUGAUGAUCCUUACAUUUCAAGAUACAGGCGACACGCUAAUACAAGAGCAAUAGCUUUUUUCGCGACGCUAACCAAUGACUCCGAACACCUCGGUGCUGGUGAAAAUAUUAACUUCGACAAUGCCAUAACAAACGUUGGAAGCGCUUAUCACCAAGGAGUCUUUAUAGCGCCCAUCAACGGUAUCUAUGUGUUUUCCGCAACGUUAUUUUCCUAUCCGAAUACUGCUGAUCGCUUAAAAUGGAUGAAAAAUGGUCAGAUGCUUUGCCAACUGUACGUGCACAAUUCAGGCUACGAUACCUCCGGCAGCACGAUUGUGGUUGAACUGAACACCGGUGAUGACAUUUCCAUUCAAAAUAUCGAUGCCGACACCAAAAUUCUUGGGCAUCACUACACAUUUUUCUCCGGAUUUCUUCUUAAGGAAACAGAAGCCGGGAGUGUUAUCGGAUAA